UUUUUAUUUUACUCGUGAAUAUUUUUCAUCUAGCUCGUGAUCGUUGUGCAAAAAUAAUUUUGAACCAAUCGGCCUGCCAUAAUAUACUCCUCGCCGAUGUAAUUUUUUACAUGUGUGUAAAGAAAUUGGUGAAUAGUUAGAAGAUAACUUGCAGGUAGACUUAUUUAAUGAUCGACCUGCAGCAGAACAUCCGGGUUUACAGUUUACGUGGCCUUCUUUCUUACUGUUUGUCGGGAUGCAUGAGAAAAGGCCAUCAGCAGUGCCUGUGUUGGUAUCAGUAUCUCUCACAUUUUGCCUUUAUGUUUGGGCCAUUAUCACACCCGGAUGGUUAAUUAUAAAAUGGGAACGUACAAGAGUGCUACCUGUAUCAGUUCAUAAGUAUAACCCCCUUGUACGCUCUCUGUUGAACAGUACAUCUGAAACUCUGAACACUGAAACGAUUAAAUAUUCUCAGGAGAUGAGCAUCUUUUACAUGUACAUCAAUAAAUGUGAGUCUGGAGCAUGCGCUCGAGUGGACUAUGAGAAACUCUAUGAGAUUCCCUCACAACUAAGAAACAGUCUACCUGACCUAAUGGAAAUUAAGAUUGAGGGCACUUCUGUUUUGGAUCUUUGUGUGAUUGGCUUCUUUUUCCUGCUCUUGAACUUUGGAAAUUCUUCUCGAGUCGUAACAGGGGGGGUCAGUGUGCUUUUGGCCGCUGUUGUUGAAUCUAUUAUGGUGUACCGAAUGGGCAUGGCGAACACAACAACAAGCGAAGUUUUAUAUGCCAUCGAUUCAAGCUGGGAUUAUUAUAGUAUUUAUAGUAUUUCAAUGGAUUUCCCUUACUCCAUCGUCAUUUCCAGUAUUGGCAUAUCUUCCAGUGUCAUUGUGUUGUACCUCUGUGGAGAUUUGUACUCCAAAAUUAGACGACAGCAAACCACAGACGGUCGAAAGCUGAAAUUAUGUACGAUCUUCAAUCCCAACAAGUUUACAAUUCUGCGAGAAAGCCAAAUUACAGAGAUGCAUCAUCUGUACCUUUAAACAUAUCAUGUAAAUGUACCUAGGAUACUGGGGUAUCCUACUAGAAUAUGUAUGAACAUGCUUAACUUUGGUUUCAUCAUGUCACACACACACACACACACACACACACACACACACACACACACACACACAUAUAUAAUUAUAUAUUUGUAUACUCGCUUUGAGGUUGCUAUUAUUGUCUUUAUUAGUAAAGGCCUUUUUACACACAGAGACAUCUGGGAAAUGAAAAAUUGUCGCCUUAUUACAUGUUAAUGAUUUUUUUAAGCUCAAGAAUAUACUCAUCAUAUUCAAAGGUGUGCUGUAAUCUCAAUGAUGUCUUUAUCAUAUUAACAGUCCACUAUUAUGCACGUGUAGUUUGUAGAAAAAUUAAUGUCAUAGAAUGUCAUAGAAUGUCUGAACACUUUCAUCGAUCUUGUAUUUUUUUUUUUUUUACAUUUGUUAAUUUCAGAACGGUGACUUAAAACAUCGCCCAUUAUGAUGAUUUCACGUCCCAGAUUUUUUUACUCGAAUAUUCAGAGGGUAUAAUGUUGAAAAUGAUGGUUAUUGAUUUACAUUGACAUAAUGACAUAAGUUGUAUCUGUUGACUGAUAGACUAUUUUCUUAACAAAAUAGCGAAUGUGUGGGCAAAACUGCUUACAGGAACAUCUUCUUGCAAUCAUAAUUCCAUACACAUUGAAUUCAACCAAACUCUUUUUUAAAAUGGGCAUCGGUUUGGUGGAUAUUUGUGCAUUCUUACAAUCAUUUCUCAAAUAUUUCAUACAUAAGAUUUUGCUAAAUAACUUUAAAUGGAUGAAUAAUGAUUUUUAUGAAGGGGUGCAAGCGCACUCUCUUAGAAAACUUGUAAUUUUGAAAUGAAUCACGUUAAAAUCUUAUUUUAUAUUUUCCAGUAACAGAGUGGGGAGGAUAACUUUUUUUCUGCCUAGCUUUGAUAUGAAAUUUUUAUUAAGAUGCUGCCUAUUUCUAAAAAGGUUAAAGACUGGAAAUUCCUGCAUUAAAGCACUGAUAGAGGAAGCCACCCUAACCCCAACAGAAUAGGAUUUUUGAGUACGUGCAAUCACUGUGACAGAUAAUUACUAGUAUAUUUCAUUUUUACGUAUCAUUUUUAUAAGCACUAAAAAUGACCAACGACAUGAACAAUAAAAAUUGUCAAAUUUUCGGGACGCCCUGUCCCUUCCUCAAGACAAAGAAAAAAGUUAAAAAUAUAUAUAUAUAUAUAUAUAUAUAUAUAUAUAUAUAUAUAUAUAUAUAUAUAUAUAUAUAUAUAUAUACAUAUACGAAGUAAGAAAUAUUCCUUUUGGUGUAUUUAGUGAAUAAGUAAAAUCGAACAUUGUAUUACCGGUGCAGUUUAUCAGGAGACUGUUGCUGCAUGUUAAUUUUUUGUGGUGGUUGUCUCCUCCAUCCCCAACUUACUUUCAAAAACAAAACAUUGCUACUGGGCCUUUGCAUUGUAAGGAUCGCACAAAAUAUUACUGGUCAAUUUUGGUAUUCUUCUAUUAAACUGAAAAUGUCCUACUUGAUAGUCAAUUAUCCAUUAUCAAGUCAUUUCUGUUUUUACAAUCAGAUAAUUUUGGCCUUAUAUAACGUUACCUCACGUAAUACAUGUGUAUAAAUUAUGACAUUCUGUUUGCAAUUUUCCAGUAAAGCAAUGUCACACUGCAAACUAUCUUAAAGAAUAAGUAAUAUAUAGAUAUCAAAAAAGAAAAGAAAAAACAGUUCCAUAAAGCUUGAAGUCUAAACUAUAUGUUAUCAAUAUUUCAUUAUUUUUUUUAGAUGAGGCAUUUUUUUUACCCUUCUUGGGCUUAUCUCUUUAAACACUCAAUUAACAUAUCAAACGUGAUUUCUUAAUAUCUGACACUAUAGGAAUUCUGCCCUCAUUAUCCCCUAUAUUCUUUUCUGGUCUGAUUUGAAAUAAAUGUAGCUUUCAUCGUGCAUAAUUUUGUUGUUUUACGUCGACAAGUAGCAAUUUAAUUCAAGUUACAUUAAUUCUUGUAGUUUAAUUGUAUCUGCUGUUGAACGUCCCUCUCGAGAAUUUUUCACUCAGUUGGAGAUGCCACCACUUGCCGGCGGCCAGUUGCAAUUUUUUUCCUAUACUCGGCAGUAAGGUCCAUAGAGCAGGGAGGAAUCUUUUUCGUGCCAGCACCUACUGCGACACGGAACCUCAGUUUUUACUUGAUUGUUUGUAGGUUUCAGCCGAUUCGGCCAUAUUCAGCGAGAGCUUGCUUAUAACAUUUGCAUACAAGUUUGAAUUAUAGGUAGGCCAGUUUAAUAAAAAGCGUCCGUGUUUUAAUUGAAAUUUCUUUAAAAAAGAAAAAAAACUAAGAACAACUUUAGUUAUCAUAUUUGGAAUUCAAUACAUUGGUUUAUUGUGCUAGAAAACAGAAUGUGUAAUUCAUCCUUUCAUCACCUCCAUACAGAGUUUAUAUAUCUCAAUUGAUUCGAUACGCAAGAUCAUUCUCUACGUAUGAACAAUUUCUAAACCGAGGUAAAUUAUUGACAAGCAAGUUUAUGAAACUAGAAUAUCAACAUUCUCGUUUAAAGUCACCGUUUUGUAAGUUCUUUGGUCGAUACAAUGACCUUGUCAGCAAAUACAAUUUAUCCUUGAGUCAAAUGCUGACUGACGUUUUUUUUUCAUACUAAUUGUUAGUCCAUUAUUUAUAUACUAAAUAGACCACAGCUUUUAGGCGUUAUUCCCCGAUCAUGACAAGGAGCACACAGCAGGUUUGAGCGGUCGGCAGGGGAUACUCACUCCUCCAUGACACCUGAAGCCACCUUUGAUGUUUCGAGGUCUGUGUUUGCUCUGCUAUUAUUUUGUAUUGUUUUAUGGACUUUUUGGUCUUGAAACAGUUCGUUGUCCCCAUAUGACGGUGUCAUACAUGUAAUUCUUUUAUCCUUUGACAAGAGCAUGCGAAAAUCCUUGUUGGAAAUAUAUUUUCAAAGGUUCAUCCUCUGACAACGUCAUUUUAUGAAUAAAAUUAUCUUCCAACGAUAGAGAACUCCACAAAAAAGGCGAAGGAAAAAGUGCGAAGGUAAGAGGAUGAAAAUGCGAUUGUGAGAGGGCGAAGAUACGAGAGUGCGAAUGUGCGAACGCGAAAAUGAGAAAUUCCGAAGGCGAGGUAGCGAUAUUAGUAUGAAUACACCAGAAUUAAGUAUAAAGUUAUUUUUUCAAGAGGUUUUAACAUUACAGAUCCCUAAUUUUUUAACAUUUCAUUUGAUAUCAUACCAAUGGAAGAACUCUUUCCAUUUUUCAGGAAUCUAAGGGCACUACCUAUUGUAAUGAUAGUAAUGUCUGGUUCAAAGAAAUGAAUAUUAUGUAGUUUUUCUUUCAAGACAUGGAAUUUAUCUAUUAUACUUUUAAGAAAAUAUUGCUUUGUUGUUAGCUUUGUUGAUUUUUUUUAACUGAUAGAAUUCCUCAUGGUGAUCUUCAUGAGACGAAAUUUGUCCGGUAUUGAUUUUAUCAAAUUAUUGCAUAUUGUGUUUCUGUAAUUUUGCUCCUCAAAGUUACACAAUGUUCUGUAUUUUGUCUUACAUGCGCGGAACAAUCCCCUGUAUUCUCCAUUAAAAGGGUUCAUGUUUACAA